AUGGCCAUGCCUGACGUGGAAGAAGCGAAACAGGAACCAACAAAUAGCGAUCAUGACUCUCCAGGUUCCAGUCUGAAGGCGAGACCCGAGCUACCGGCUUCGCGAUUCUGGCUUCUUGCUUUGAGCGUCUGCCUCGGAUUACUAUUGUCGUUUAUGGACAGUUCCAUUGUUGCUGCCAGCUUGCUGAACAUUGGUACGGAUUUCCAGGAAAUGGAAAAUGUCAAUUGGGUCGCGCUCUCCUAUACACUCUGCUACCUCAGCUUUGCCGUCUUCGUCUCGCGACUGUCAGAUAUAAUUGGUCGCCGCAAUGCCUUUGCUGGAGCAUAUUUGAUUUUCUUUGCCUUCUCCUUGGCUUGCGGAUUCGCUCAAAACAUGACGCAGCUUAUUGCUUGCCGAGCUCUUCAAGGAAUUGGCGGUUCUGGAUUAUACUCCUUGACCAUGGUUAUCCUUAUUGAAGCGGCUCCGCAAAAGACCAAGCCAUUCCUUGGAAGUAUUGUUGGCGCCGUAAUUGCUAUUGGCGGCGUCCUUGGCCCCGUCUUGGGCGGUAUCUUAACUCACUAUGCGAGUUGGCGAUGGGUGUUCUGGAUAAAUGGACCACUUGGUGCCAUUUCCAUGGUCCUUUUUUGUUUCACAUGGCCAAAACCCGAGUAUCUGCCUGAUAUUGAGCGAAGGACCUGGAGUGAGCUGGACUACCUUGGAUCUGGAUUGCUCAUUGCUGCUGCCGUGCUGGUCGUCUUUCCCUUCCAAAAUGCCAGCAGCGAAGCAUUGUUCGAUACAGCAGUGUUUUUGGCGCCACUACUGAUGGGCAUCAUUUGCUGGGUUGCUCUCGUGGCGUGGGAAUUCUUUGUCGAACAUCAUUGGGGAGACAACCUAGCAGCUGCACUUCCUGUGCGUCUUUUGCGUAAUCGCAUGUUCGCUGCAGCGAUUGCAAACACCACGCUGCUUGGCUUCUGCUUUGUCAUGCUUCUCUACGCAUUCCCGCUUCGCUUGCAAGUUGUCAACGGAAAGAGCUCUCUGCUAGCCGGUAUAAUGUUGCUGCCGUUACUCGCGGCCAGUGCAACAGGAUCCGUUUUAUGUGGAAUCAUUAAUAAGACCAAGGACAGAAUCUGCGAAAGCAUGAUUGCGGCAAGCAGUCUAGUUGCUUUGGGCUGCGGGCUCGAGUCUACAAUAUCAGACUUUGUGGAACCCGAAGCAAAGGCUCUGGGAUGUUUGGUGCUUGUUGGCCUUGGUUUUGGCCUGUCCGCUGCCGUGACCACAAUGUCCGGAAGCUUACAAGCCUCUAUCCGAGAUCUUUCACCUGCUCAAGGUAUUCUCGCCCAGACCCGGGUGCUGGGCGGCGCCCUCGGUGUUGCAGCAUCCUCGGCCGUCCUGGGGGUUACCCUCAGAGCACAGCUUGCCGGCGUGGUAGACUCUAAACUGCUCAAUUCUCUAGAGAAUGCCGCCAGUACUUUGACAAAUGCACAACUUACUGCUGUCAGGCAUGCCUACUCAGACGCAUUCAGCAAAGAUAUGCGCAUUGGUGCCAUCAUCGCCUGUGCGGCAAUCGUUCUAGCCUUUGGAGCAUGGUCAAACCCCCGAGAUCGACCAAGUGUGCAAGAGCGCGGAGAGCAUCGCCGCAAAGAAGAAGCUGAGAGGAGAAGAGCUAGUAGUGGCAGAAAGUGA